AUGGUGAUGUGGACGGAAAAGUUGAGUGCCGGUAAAAUCGCCAGAGAGGUCGACAUUUCGGAGCAAACCGUUGGUGAUUGGCGUAACUUUCUGAGAGAGCACCAAAGUCGAGGCUACCUAUGGGAAGAUCGGCGGCCAAGGACAUAUUGUAGAAAUCGACGAAACGAAUCGAGAUUCAUUCGAGAAAAUAUGGGGUGGGAAGAGGAACAAACGAGGACUGGAAUAUCGGAGGUACGGUCACCCGCAUUUGCGGUUAGAGUACAUCUUAUUUCAGGAGUAGACAGAGUCACUGGAAAUGUGUUUGCCCAAAGAGUUCCAAAUCGUACCGCUGCUACGUUGGUCCCGUUACUCCAGAAGAAGAUUGAGAAGGACAGCGAAGUCUAUUCGGACGAAUGGCGAAGCUAUUCGCAACUAAUGAAGUACUUCACUGGACAUUGGACCGUCAAGCACAAAACACAAUUUGUUAAGUGAGUUGUGAUUUUUUGUUUCGGCUUAAUGGAAAGUAAUUCAGUAUGGUCGGAAAUCGAGCAGUUUGUACCAAUGGUGUGGAAGCUAUGUGGGCGCGCAUUUAA